CGGGUUGUCGGGCUGCGCUGGGUAGCUGUGCUUAGCCCGGGCUCAGGGCAAGUGGACGAGCGGAGCGGACGAGGCGAGUAGGAGACCGCGGAAACCUAUGCGACCAUGUGUUGGUCCCAGCUGCGGGUGGCAGGGAGUCGACCCUCCCCUUUGCUCUAACACAGGCCGGCUUGUCCCGCUGCCUUCCAGUCCCCUUGACAACGACGCCUGGCGUGGCGCGGCGCGGGGCGGGGCGGGGCAGAGCGAGGCGAGACCAACUGGCUUUGAGGAGAAACACUGAGCCCCUCGGUCUUCUCAGCUCCUUCAUGCUCUUCCCCCUGCGAGUCAGACCUUCCCUCAACCUCAAGGUCUUGCACACCUAAAGGACGACCAGUCUUGGGCGGCCCCCUUCACUUUGGUGAUUCUGUACCGUACUGCCAAAGCCCCUGUUAUGAAGCAUCCUUUGCGUAUACCAAAAGCGUCUUCACCUAUGGUUCCCAAUUCAGGACCGCCAAGCACACGUCCUUUUUACAAUAUUCAAAGACCGGGGUUGGGGAUUUAGCUCAGCGGUAGAGCACUUGCCUAACAAGCGCAAGGCCCUGGGUUCGGUCCCCAGCUCCGAAAAAAAGAAAGAAAAAGAAAAAAAAAAACAAUAUUCAAAGACCUUAAGCCCCCACACACUCCCCUGAUGCUGCUCCGGUUCGACACCGUUAGCUGAUCUGCCUGGUUCGCUAGGCCCUCACCCCCUAAUCCUAAAGUCCCUCUUUCGAAACCCUGAAGGCUGAGCAUCUUUUUUUUUAGGGGCUCCUUGAUGAUGACACAGACAGAGGGCAUCCUUUGAGUCCUGGCCCCCAUGACAUCCAAAGACAAAGCUGUGGUAUCCUUGCCAGUUUCUCCCUGGGAUGCCAUCCUUAAGGCUGCCAAAGACCAGCUGCCAUCUCUGGAUUCAGACUCCUCCCUGUCUGACUGUGAGGAAGAAGAACCCUUCAUCUUUCAGCGGAACCAGCCUGUCCUGAUUCCAGACCUAACGGAGGAGCUGGCUGAAGACCCUGUUGGUGUCGAUGAGUCUGGGACCUGGGUUACUGCAGGGAGGAGUCCUUCACCUGAGCCACUUCUGGUUCCUGGGAGAUUAGCCAUAGAACCCAGAAGUGAAUGGAUGGUAAGAUCAAAGGACUUGGCCCAUCAGGAAAGAAGAGGCCCAGGCUGGUCUUGCCAGAGCUGUGUCAAGAGCAGCCCAAUCCUUUUGGAUACUAAGGAGGCACCCGCUUGGCCUGAAGGCAGAGGAUCCCAGAGUCCUCCCUGGAGUUCCCAGGGAGAAGGAGCCACCUUUCCUUUGGAAGGAAAGUUGAAGACAGAGCCCUCAGAUACUGAUUUUAAAAACUCUGCAAAGCGAAGAGCCCUCCGCAGGGAGAGGAGGAAGAUGAUAGAGAGAGAGAUCCUUCAGAAAGUGACCCAGGCUGCUCAGAACCCAGCCUCUGGUGACCAGGGCCAGGUGGCAGAGUUAGGACCCCGUCCAAAAGCAACCUCAGAGCAGUCUUGGGAAGGAAGACCAGUUCUCUCACUCAAGCAACUUGAAGGCUGGGACUUGGACUACAUCCUCCAGAGUCUGCCAGGGCAACAAGGCAGCCAGGGUGACAGUGCAUCCAGAAGUGCAUGGUGGUUAGCGGAUCGCUGCCAAGACCAAGGGCACAGCACUGGACCCUCCCAGGACAUACUUCUGGAACAGCUGGCCCUCCUGUGUGCCACUCAGUCCAGAGUCCGACACCCUACCUGGAAGGUAUCUGCUGACAAGCUCCAAGACACAGAAGAGCAGGUAGCCAGAACCAGAAGUGCUUCAGCAGAGUCCGGCUUUCAAACUGAGCGAGUCCAGAAGAGGGCAGAGAGUAGGAGGCUGAAGACAGAGCCUCCCACUGUCUUCCUUGACCUGCGGCUGACAGAACCAUCAGAUCCACAAGAACACCAGUCCCAGGAGAGCUCUGAACAUAGCUCCUCUGACAGUGAGGAGGAGGAAGUGGGGUCAGCAGGCUCCAUACCAGUGGCAUCUUCCUGGGAACAAAGGUACUGUACUGGGAAAAGCCAGCUUCUUCAGCAGCUGAGGGCGUUUCGAAAGGGGGCUGUUCCACCUCAGCUGUCUGCCAAGGAUGGCCCUGGAGGCCAAAAGGAUCAGGCCCAAGAAGAUACUGGGGGAUCACAAACUCAGAGGAAGAAGCACAUCAAACUCUGGGCUGAGAAGCAGAAUGCCCUAAAUCUAGGGGACCCUCUUGGGACACGGCUCCUCCCUGGUAUGGGCCAGCUAUAGGCAACUCAGGUAAAAGACCUGAGAAGCAGGUUGGGUGGCAGACUUUCUACCCACACAGCUCUGGUGGUCUCUACAGUCUGCCUGUUUCUAACAGCAUGGGCCUCAGGGGCUGGGACCCCCAGUCUAGACCCCAUGCAGCCAGUUUAAGCCAGUUUAAGUUAACAGUUAAACUUUUGUUGUUGCGGUGUUGGGAACUGCAUCCAGGGCCUCUUCCGUUCCCAUAUUUAAACACAUUUAUAGUUUCCUAUAGAAAAUGUCCCCAGGUUCCUGGAUUCCUGGUAUUUUAUGUACACACCCAUACAGAUCUGAUGGAAAAGGAAGCAGAACCUGAAAUUUGCUUUCUCUCUCUUUUUAACUGAGACACAAAAGCACACAUAGAUUUCAGGUCACUCCAAAUUAAAGGUGACACCAAUCUUU